GCCCUGCUCCAGCAGCAGCUCCGAGCAGUUGCCUUUACCUCUCCACUCAUGCGGACCCGGCCGAGGCUCAUGGACUAGCCGGAGGUCUGUCGGGUGCUGGACUGUAUCGGGCUUGUAGCGGACUGGGUGGACCGGCGGACCAUGGCUGCCAAAGAGGACCUCUACAGUAAGAUCCUCCCUCGGAGGCUCCGGCAGAACCGGCCGGGUUCGGUGAAAUGUGGCUCUAACCUGGACGUGCUGUUAUCCAUGGGCUUCCCCAGACCAAGGGCGCUGAAAGCUCUGGUGUCAACGGGAGGUCGGAGUGUGCAGGCAGCAUGUGACUGGCUGUUCUCCCAUGUGGACGACCCGUUCCUGGACGACCCUCUGCCCAGGGAGUUUGUCCUCUACCUGCGACCCAGCGGACCACUACAGAACCAGCUCUCCCACUUCUGGCAACAGAGCCGGGUCACCUGUGGCAAAAACAAAGCCCACAACAUUUUCCCACACAUCACCCUCUGCCAGUUCUUCAUGUGUGCUGACCACAAAGUAGAAGCUCUAUGUGAGGCCCUUCAGACCUGCGUCCAGCAGUGGCGAGGGCGAUUCCCCAGCCCGCUGCCGCUUGAACUCUACACAUCCUCCAACUUCAUUGGUCUUUUCGUGGAGGAGCAGGUGGCUGACAUCCUGAAGCAGUUUGCGGCCGACUUCGCCACAGAGGCCGCCAGGAAGGCAGAGGUUCAUGUGGAGCCUCAUAAGAAGCAGCUCCACGUAACUCUGGCUUACAACUUCCCCACCAAUCACCUCCCAUCACUGGAGAAACUGGCCAAGGGAAUCGAAGUCAAGCUGGGCUGUGAUUGGCUGGCAGUCCUGUUCUCCCGGGACAUUCGUUUUGCAAACCAUGAGACACUGCGGGUGAUGUAUCCCUACAUGCCUCAGAACGAGGACGAGCUGGAGCUGGUCCCUGGCGAUUUUGUCUUCAUGUCUCCGGUGGAUCAGAGUAGCACCAGUGAGGGCUGGGUGUACGGGACCUCGCUGGCUUCUGGGCUGUCUGGCCUGCUGCCGGAGAACUAUGUGAGUCUGGCGGAUGAGUCAGACACCUGGGUCUUCCACGGCUCCCAUUCGUUCUUCAGCUGUGGGCCCAGUGACAAGAGCAGCAAGGAGAGAGGGAUGUUUGACGGACUGCUGGACAGCCGACGCCCUGAUAACAGCAGUCCCGGAGACACGCCCACCCUUAGUCUCAUUUGUCAUCCAAUGCAGCAGGUCCUGCGGAUUAGUGGCAGUCACUCCAGGCAGCCUAAGCGGACACUUUUUGUCUGUCGGCACGGUGAGAGGAUGGACGUGGUCUUUGGCAAACACUGGCUCUCCCUCUGCUCGGACAGUAAAGGUAGAUAUGUACGUUCCAAUCUGAACAUGCCUCCCAGUUUGCCGCUGUGGGGAGGACAGAGAGACUACGACAUGGACGCUCCUAUCACUGUGUUUGGAUCCACACAGGCUCGACUAGUGGGUGAGGCCCUGUUGGAGAGUAACACAGUGAUAGACUUUGUGUACUGCUCUCCAUCUCUGCGAUGUGUUCAGACUGCACAGAACAUCCUGAAAGGUCUGCAGCAGGACGGGAAGCUGAAGGUGCGAGUGGAGCCGGGGCUUUUUGAAUGGACCAAGUGGGUUUCUGGGAACUCCCUGCCUGCAUGGAUACCUCCCACUGACCUGGCUGCAGCUCACUUCAGUGUGGACACAACGUACAGACCUCUGAUCCCAGUCAGCAAGCUCACUGUGUCCGAGUCGUAUGAGAACUACAUGAGCCGGAGCUACCAAGUGACCAAAGAUAUCCUGUCCGACUGCAAAAACACUGGAAACAACGUACUGAUUGUAGCCCACGCUUCUUCCUUAGAGGCCUGCACACGCCAGCUGCAGGGCCGCGGCCCACAGAGCGCCAAGGACUUCAUCCAAGUAGUCCGAAAGAUCCCCUACCUGGGCUUCUGCUCCUGCGAGGAGCAGGGCGACACAGGGGUGUGGCAGUUAGUGGACCCUCCCAUCCUCCCCCUCACACAUGGACCAAACCACUCCUUUGACUGGAGGGAGACACUUCUGCAAGAAUGACAUCUGAUCUGAACCGACAAGUUUCAGACCUAAAAAUACUGGAACCUUUCUCUCUUCAGCGUCUUUACACAGCUGACGGCUUCACAGCGACGGUCUGAGGAUGAGGAGCCGAGUACCAGCCGGUGCGUGGUUGGUGAACUGACGGCGCCCCUCUGAGGCUGGUUUCAACAAUGAUUUAGCAAAUGUACACUCUCAAAUGUCAUUGCAUUGUUUUGUUUGUUUAUUUGUUUGUUUGCAAGAAUGAGGGAGACGUUAGUUUGGGCAGUGUGGAUGUUAGCCGCACUAUGUUGGGGGAGCUGUCACUGAGAUCCAGCUGGUUUCUGUGUGGACGUUAUCAUCCCAGCUACAUUUUAUCACAUUUAACAGCGUGCUCUGUGUGUGACCAGUUAAAAAUAAUUUCCUACCAACAUGAAUGUAUCACAUGAAGAACGCAGGGUUACAGUAGACGUAGUGUGACACUGAAGGAAUGCCAUGAAAAGCAAAAGCGAUGGAGCUGGGAGGUUUUAGCUACCUGUAUUUUCAGCUAUGGUGACUCAGGUUUUAAUUUUAACUCAUCAGUUUGGUUCAUUUUCACUGAAAUUUGUCUGUUUUUUACUGAGACAAAAAGUUUAAGUUUCCUGAAUACAAACUAAACUCCAGUUGGUUUACUUGCCCAAACUGAGCUAGCUCACGUUUAACAUUAACGAGACAUGCAAAAGUUUGGGCACCCCUGGUCAACAUUUGGUUUACUGUUAAGAAUUAAGUAAAAGAUCAGUUGAUCUCCAAAAGGCAUGACGUUAAAGAUGACACAUUCCUUCAAUAUUUUAAGUAAGAUUACUUUUUAAUUUCAAUCUUUUACAGUUUCAAAAUAGCAAAAAAAAAAAAAAGGGGCCUGAAGCAAAAGUUUGGGCUCCCUGCAUGGUCAGCACUUAGUAGCGCCCCCCUUGGCAAGUAUCACAGCUUCUGAACACUUUCUGUAUCCAGCUCAGAGUCUUUCACUUCUUGUUUGGAGGAUUUUCACCCAUUCUUCCUGCAAAAGGCUUCUAGCUCUGUGAGAUUCUUGGGCCGUCUUCAUGCUCUGCUCUUUGAGCUCUAUCCACAGUUGUUAAUGAUGUUUAGGUCGGGGGACUGUGAGGGGCGUGGCCAAACCUUCAGCUGGCUCCUCUUGAGGUCGUCCAUUGUGGAUCUGGAGGUGUGUUUAGGAUCAUUGUCCUGUUGUAGAAGCCAUCCUCUCUUCAUCAUCAGCUUUUUUACAGAUGCUGUGAUGUCUGGAAUUUACCUGAAUCCAUUCUUCCCUCUACCUGUGAAAUGUUCCCCGUGCCACUGGCUGCAACACAAGCCCAAAGCAUCAUCCAUCCACCCCCGUGUUUAACAGUUUGUUCUCCAAACAUACCUUUGCUCAUUGUGUCCACAAAGUUCUGUUUUACCUUCAUCAGUCCACAGGACUUGUUUCCAAAAAGCAUCAGGCUUGUUCACAUGUUCCUUUGCAAACUUGUGAGGCUGAAUGUUGUGGUGAGGACACAGGAAAGGUUUUCUUCUGAUGACUCUUCCAUGAAGCUCAUAUUUGUCCAGGUGUGUCUGCACAGUAGAACAGUGCACCACCACUCCAGAGUCUGAGAAAUCUUCCUGCAGGUCUUUUGCAGUCAAACAGAGGUUUGAUUUGCCUUUCUAACAAUCCUACGAGCAGCUCUCUCAGAGAGUUUUCAGCUUGACCUCCACAGUUCCUGUUAACUGCCAUUUCUUACUGACAUGACCAACUGAGGAAACAGCUCCCUGACAACACUUUGCUGUCUUCUUCUAGUCUUCAUCAGUUAUUUUAGUUUUCAGAGUGCUAGGCAGCUGUUUAGAGGAGCCCAUGGCUGCUGACUGUUGGGACAAGGUUUCAGGAGUCAGAGUCUUUAAAGCUUUGAAAUUAGCAUCACCUGGCCUUUGCUAACAAUGACUGUGAACAAACCAGAGCCCUGACAAGCUCAUCAAGGUCUGAGACCCUGGGAAAAGUUGUCUGAGAGCUCAAAUCUCUUGGGGUGCCCAAACUUUUACAUUGUGCUCCUUUCAUUUUUUUUCACUCUAAAAUUGUACAACACACAAAAAAAAAAAAAAAUCACUGAUCUUGCUUAAAAUGUUGGAAAGCAUGUUUCAUCUUUAACUUCAUGCCUUUUGGAGAUCAGUUCAUCUUCUACUUAAUUGACUGUUCGCAGUAAACAAAACUUUGACCAGGGGUUCCCAAACUUAAGCAUGCCACUGUAGUUCCAGUGUAUCUCAAAUGCUAAAUCUUAGCAUUCAACAUGUAAGACAGAUAACAUGCUGCGUUAGCAAGUCGUUUUUACAGAGAAGAGUGUACACCAUUUUGAUUUGGGUAAGAAAAAAGCCCCCAGUAAUCUAAAGAACCUAAUGACAAAGUGGUCUCAGCAUUUGUUUUUUAUGGUGUGUAAUGCACAUCACAGCCUCAGUGGGUUUCUUGAGAGGCCAUAGACUUUAGUUGCUAGUCAACUGUUUGCAUAAUUUGUAUCUACAACAUCUAAUUUGCUCUUCAGUUUAUGCUUAGUUUCCAAAAUUGAAUGAGACUGUUGAGAAUACGUACAAAGAGUGUUUUAUCAUAACAGUACUGCUGUCCACCGUACAUUUGCCCUGCUUCACCCUUCUUCAGUGGCUGAGAGGAAACAUAUCAGUGCAGGCUUCAAGUCUUCGUAAGGGACCUUCCUGAUGCUACUCAUAUAACGUGGCCCCACAUGUUGUCUCUAUUUUGGAAGCACAUCCAGUGCAGCAGUGUCUUCUUCAUGUAAAAACUGUAACAGCACAACCUGCAAUAUUGACAAUCACACAGUAGCUUCUUGAUUCUGGUCCAGCACAUCUUUAGUGUGCGUCUGUUAAAUGUUUUCCUCAGAGUAGCUGUAAAUAAUCAUAUUUUGGGAAAAAAAAAAAAAAAAGUCUUCCAGUUUCAUUUUUAUUUAUUUAUAAACCUGUCUUUCAGAUGUUACAAGCAAAAAUAUUAACAGCAUGCAUGAACUUAUGCUCGGUAUCUCAGGUGUCGACUGCAUUUAAGACAUACGUAUAUGCAGCUUUGAAACUUGUUCCAUUGAUGGAGUGACUGUGUUGUUGUGAGUGCCUGUUGGAAUUAAAGUGAUGUCUCCUGAUGGACUUGACUGCCCACUCGUAGCUGUAGAGGGAGAAGUGGAAGAGAGAGUUUGCUCAGGCUGAUGUUUGACGCACACCACUCAUGUAGCUCAUGAAGACAUUUUUAAAAGUUGCACGUUUUGAACUUACUAUGAGACAGAUUUCAUCAAAGCCUCAUUCAUGACUCCCGUCAGUUCUGGGUCACAUUUGGAGCCUUUUCGAGAUAUUUAGUUGCUUGGAGAAUUGACAGUUAAGUGUCUUGUCUGUGACAUCAGGUAUUUUCUAUAGUCAUAUAGUCCCUUCAGUUUCACUUGUCCACAGUGAGAUUUCGCCCCAAAAAUCCAUUUUGUUGGCCACCUUUUUUUGCAGGGUUCCCACAGUCAGAGAAGACCUGGAAAAGUGAUGGAAUGUCACAAUCUCAUUUUCCAGGCCUAGAAAAAUUGUUGAAUUAGUAAAAAAUCAUUGAAACCGCCACAUUUUCUUCCCUGAUUCCUGGUCAAACGUCUCUGAAGGCUCUGACAGAUGUGAAAAACGCAGAAAAUUGAACAGUUUCUGACUCAGUGUGCAAACAUGAUUGACACAACAUGAGGUCGUAUUCAUUUUUAGACCUGCAACAAUUUUGGUGGAGUCUGUGCAAAACCCUUUACAGGUGUCUUUUACAAUCUAAGUCUAUAGAGUGUGCCAGGGCUGACGUCAAAACCCGGAAGUUUAGCAUCACUCUGGUUCCCAGAAGAGAAAGUGAAUGUGAUUUUUGCAUUGCGUUUUGGAUUAUGUCAGAAAAUAAGCUCUGUGGCUAACACAAGUUUAUGAUACUUACAAGUUUUGUUCAGCGAGUUAAUCUUCACAUAUGAACACCUUUCAUACCGCAUUUGAAGCUUAAAUGCGAUCGCCAGAAGUAAAAAGCUAACGUCAGGCUUUAACGGACUACAUGACUACUCCACGGUCGCGUGACUCUUGACGUCACCUCCACUAAGCUUUCAACUGAUUUCGGCCGCUUUAUUUUAAAAACAUUGUAUAAUGGGGAAAUCGGACUGUUUAAGCUAAAUAAGAAGCUGUGAUGGCGGACUGACAGCACUCUCGCCUGUUCUAGGGUGAUGACGUUUACUGUCCCCGACAGGGUUUGUAGUCGUAUUGAGCAACUUGUUAGCAACCGCCUUUUUUACAACACGUAAAAGCUUCAGAAUUCACAAGUAGGGUAUUUACUGACGUGUUUUAUGUCGUAGAACAAAACCUGAAACUCGCUUAAGCUUUUGUUAACCACAGAACUUAUUUGAGGCAUUUUACCAAAAUCCCAUUAAAAAAAUGUAUUGACUUUUAGACGAGAGAACUGGAAGUGCUAAAAGCGCUAACGGAGUUCCAGGUUUACUGGCACACUCUAUGGGAAAAGUAUUUUGGGCCCCGUGGUGUCACAUGACGGUGUAAUUCCACUUUUGGCCACUAUGAAAAUUGGCUUCAAAGUUUGGCGCUAUUCCUUGGGACUUAAAGUAAACAUGGUUGUGAACAAUACUGGAUCUAAACACUUGAAAAACAGUCUGUUCAAACACGUCUGUUCAUAUUUUCAAAUGUAUAACAACUAUAAAUCUAAAGAGCAUUCUGAGCACUUGACAUUUCACUUGUAAGUAGAAAUGGAGCUGCAGAUAGCAGAAUGAAAGCUAAGUGAACAAACAUUUCUCCACUGACUGCAGCACAAUGUGAUUCGGUCCUAUUCGGCUCUUCUGGAAAUCUUCCCUGGGAAUCAUCUGCCUCAUAUCUAACUUUAUUCAGGAAAAAAAUGCACGACUUCUAAAACAUCAUGAUCAACAUAUUAUUUUCCUGGGACAUCAUAAAGUAGAUUUAACGCCUACGUCUGUGUCGUCCAUCUUGUGAGAACAGAAACAACCACCUCAACACAUUCCUGUUUCUCUGAUCAGCAGUAACAUCUUUAAAUGUAUUGCUGUGCGAAUGUUGCAAAUGCUUUGCAGGUGUUGGGAAGAAACACUGCUUCUGCAGAAAUGUGGAAGGUUUUCUAUUUGGAGCUAAAUGUCAUUUUCAUCAGACGACGUACUGGAGCAGCACACGUUGCAUUAAGACCAGAAGAGGAGAGUGGUGUGAGAGAACCAGAGAGGAAGAAGCCAUGUUGUUCCUGUAGUCUUUAUUUAUUGUCUGAACAUAUCACCAAACGUGUACAGCAAUUAACUUAAAGUUACUUCUUUUAAAAUCUGUAUUUGUUGAUUUGUAAUUUAAGACGUGUCUCUCGGCUUCCUGUAUGUUUUAUUUUAGUUUUGAAUGUCGUUGUGUUUGUAAAGCAUUGAAUUAUAAAAAAGAGAAAAGCAGUUGUCAUUUUUAAACAGCUCCAGUAAUUUCAUAUUUUGAAUACUCGGGAGGGAAAGCAAAUAACAUGCCAUUGUAUGAUUUGUGACAGUGUUCAUUUGUUCUGAUUGAACAUGAAAUAUUAUUUUCUCCAUAGCAAUAACAUCACCAAACAGCAGGUGCACAGUUACUACAUGUAUCUAUCCAUCUGGGUUGCACCGACGCUGCAGACACUGUAAAGGAGUUCAAAUCCAAUAAAACUUUACAUCCUU